UAGAUGUCGUGAAUCCGUUUGUGUUGUUUUAAUCGCAUUAGAUUUUUUUUCCCACAAUUCGUUUAUCCUUUUUCGAGUAGCAGUUCGGGAACGUGAUCGUACGAAUUUUGUAUUCUAAACAUGGCUGCUAUCAUGCUGCGCACCGUGUCUCUUAUCCCAAAGUCUUUCCAACAUGCCAGUCUGCGUGGAAACCACUGUGCCAUCCCCACAACAAAGCUUUUCAUCAACAACAAAAUGGUUGAAUCAAAGACAAAUGAAUGGAUUGAUCUUUGUGACCCAGCUACCAAUGAAGUAAUUACAAAAGUUCCCAAAUCAACUCGGGAAGAGAUGGAAAAUGCUGUUGAAUCAGCCAAAGCAGCUUACAAAACAUGGUCCAAAACAUCCAUUCUUACAAGGCAGCAAGUCAUGUUGAGAUAUCAACACAUUAUUAGAAACAGCAUGAAAGAGCUGGCUAAAAGCAUCACUUCUGAACAAGGUAAGACCUUGGUGGAUGCUGAAGGUGAUGUACUUAGAGGUCUCCAGGUUGUUGAACAUUGCUGCAGUGUAACAAGUCUUCAAUUGGGAGAGACUAUGCCAAACAUUGCCAAGGAUAUGGAUACGUUAUCGUUCCGAACUCCCUUGGGUGUUUGUGCAGGAAUCACGCCCUUCAACUUCCCAGCCAUGAUUCCACUUUGGAUGUUCCCCGUCGCGCUCGUUUGCGGUAACACUUACAUCGUCAAACCUUCGGAGAGAGAUCCUGGCGCUUGCAUGAUGCUCGUUGAUAUGCUCCGUGAAGCUGGUGCACCUGACGGUGUAGUCAACGUAAUCCACGGAGCUCACGAUUCCGUGAACUUCAUUUGCGAUCACCCUGACAUUAAAGCCAUUUCCUUUGUGGGAUCCGAUCAAGCCGGCCAAUACAUUUACGAGCGAGGAUCACGUCACGGCAAGCGUGUUCAAGCCAAUAUGGGAGCCAAAAAUCACGGAGUCAUCAUGCCCGAUGCUAAUAAAGAAAAUACCCUCAAUCAACUGGUUGGUGCCGCUUUUGGCGCUGCUGGUCAACGUUGCAUGGCUCUGAGCACUGCUCUCUUUGUUGGCGAGGCUGCCAACUGGAUUCCUGAUCUGGUUGAGAGGGCCAAGAAACUCAAAGUGAACGCAGGUCACAUUGCUGAUGCCGAUCUCGGUCCCGUCAUUUCUCCCGAAGCCAAAAACCGUAUCCACAAGUUGGUUCAAUCAGGCAUCGAUGAAGGAGCCCAUUGUAUUUUGGAUGGUCGUAAGAUUGUCGUUCCUGGAUUCGAAAAGGGCAAUUUUGUUGGCCCAACCAUUUUGACUGACGUCACGCCUUCUAUGGAGUGUUAUCGCGAAGAAAUCUUUGGCCCCGUUUUGGUUAUCCUUAAGGUGAACACUUUGGAUGAUGCCAUUAAUACAAUCAACUCUAACAUGUAUGGCAACGGCACGGCCAUUUUUACCACCAACGGAGCCACGGCCAGGAAAUUUACUCAGGAAAUUGACGUUGGUCAGGUUGGAGUUAACGUGCCGAUUCCUGUUCCGCUUCCGAUGUUUUCCUUCACCGGCUCACGUGGAUCUUUCCGUGGUGAUACCAACUUUUACGGCAAACAAGGAAUCAACUUCUACACUCAAUUGAAAACAGUGACGCAGAUGUGGCGCGAGCAAGAUGUCACCCACACACAGGCAGCGGUCGCAAUGCCAACAAUGCAAUAGAUACCUACAACAUGUAGUUACCCUCAGGCCGCGUUGGCGAGAAUGAUUUUUACAAUUACAAAUAAGGAGAGUUACAAUAAUCUCGGUGAUUGUUUGUGAGCUUUGUAUCAGUUCAUCCAAAACCUCCAAGUGGAAAUUAUGGGCUCUAAAAAAAUGGAAUAUCUUUUGUUUUGCCGUAUAAGUUUGUUGUUCUCUGUAUUCCAAUGGGGUUUUUGUUAUUGUUAAAAUAAUAAAGUUGCAACAGAUUUUCUCUUUC